AUGCUGUCCAUUCGGUCCAUCUUGGGUUCUUCGACCCGGGCCCUCCGCCAACUUCUCCCGAGUCAGCCAUUCUCUCACCAGUUCCUCUCGCGGUCACUAUCGCAACUGUCAAGAGCGUCGGUCGGCAACAGCCUUCGGAGCCUGCGUUCUGCGAAGCAGCAAGAUAACAAUGUCGGUGUUGUGGGGUCCACUGUGCGACAACUCGAGCAGGUUCGGGGCAUGAAGACGAGAUCGUCCGUUAAGCGGUUAUGCGAUGGUUGCAAGCCUGUUCGGAGGAAGAAUCGAGUUUACAUUAUCUGUUCGAAGAAUCCUAAGCACAAGCAACGUCAAGGAAAAUAA